AUGGUCCCAGGCGCCGAGAUGUUCUGGUUCCUCUUAUUGUUAUUUUCACCGGCGGUCUUAGGCGCUAUACCACUGGAGGCCCGAGGUACACAGCUUUGCGAGACGUCUCGAUACGCACACAAACAUCGUGUUUUCAUACUUACGGAUAUCAGCAAUGAGCCCGAUGACCAAAUGAGUCUAGUCCGCUUGCUGACAUAUUCUAAUGAGCUGGACAUCCACGGCAUUGGGGUGGUCACAUCUGUUUGGAAGAACGAUUCCAUUGAUAUUGAUACUGUCCAUGAUGUGUUAGGUGGCUACAGCAAAGUCGUCGAUAACUUGAAUGCCAAUGUGCCGGCCUCAGCUCCGUACCCCUCCGCAGAUGACCUUCUUGCCCUAGUUAAGCCGGGCCAUCCGGUCUACGGUCUGGCUGCUUUGGACCUUGAACUGAGCGAAGCAGCUCAAGAACUCAUUGGCGCUGUAGACUCUGCAACCCCCGCCAAUCCCCUUUAUGUCUGCCUUUGGGGCGGAGCUGGUGUUCUGGCUGAAGCGCUGCACGACGUUUCCUCAUCACGCAGUCAAGUCGAGGUGGCCGAAUUCACUACGAAGGUGCGAGUCUACAGUAUCUCUGACCAAGAUGACGCAGGCCCUUGGGUGAGACAAAACUAUCCUGAUCUCUUCGAGGUGGUCUCGCUUCACGGCUUCAGCGAAUAUACCCAGGCUAGCUGGAAUGGCAUUUCUGGAGAAGCCUAUAGACACUUUGAUGUGGGUGGGCCGAACACAUCGCUGGUGGCCAACGAAUGGCUCCAGGAACACAUUCGUAUAGGCGAUUUAGGCCAGCAUUAUCCGGACUACGAAUUCAUCAUGGAAGGCGACACUCCCUCAUUCUUUCCACUGAUUCCAAAUGGACUCGGCGAUCCAGCACACCCGGAGUGGGGUUCUUGGGGUGGUCGCUACCUCCUUGUCGACGGGUCGGGCCGGUAUCCUGUCUACAGUGACUCUUCAGAUAUCGCCGUCGGAGUCAACGGACAAAUCUACGUAAGCUCUUUUGCCGGCAUCUGGCGAUGGCGCCAAGCUUACCAGUACGACUUUGCGGCACGUAUGCAGUGGACUGUUGAUGGCAACUUCUCCGCCAAUAACCAUGCGCCGGUCGUGGUUCUGAAUGAUACAUGUGGGCCAGAGGUGUUCAAGGUACCUUUAAAAUUUGGUGAGGCCGCUGUAAUCGACGCACGCCAAAGCUGGGACCCUGAUGGAGACCAACUUAGCUUCGACUGGUUUCACUACAGGGAGGUCACGGCACGUGUACAAGAGGGUGUCAUUUCUCCAACAAGUCACGACGUUAAAGUGACAAAACUGGACUCUGCCGGUGGUUUGGUGCGCAUUGAACCAGUGAAGAACUCGACUAUGCAUAUCAUCCUCUCUGUUGAUGAUGAUCGAGAGAUGAGCCUCACGACUUACCGUCGGUUGAUUCUGGAACUGUCCUGA